CUAACUCGCAAUACUUCCACAAGCCUCACUCAAGACUGUCGCUCAAGGACUUGCUAAGGACCUCAUGACGUUCUACACGGGUCAUCUGCCUGGACAGACUCCCGGUCUGUUACCAGAACCAUACUACUGGUGGGAAGGGGGCGCCUUGAUGGGUGCCUUGAUCCAUUACUGGCAUCACACCGGCGAUUCGACCUACAACGCGAUCACGACACAGGGCCUCCUCCACCAGGUCGGGCCGGACUGGGACUACAUGCCUCCAAACCAGACGCUCACCGAGGGCAACGACGACCAGGGCUUCUGGGGCAUGGCCGUGAUGACAGCCGCCGAGUUCAACUUUCCAAAUCCGCCAAAGGAUCAGCCGCAGUGGCUCGCCCUGGCUCAGGCGGUGUUCAAUACGCAGGCCGCACGGUGGGAUAUGGAGCAUUGCAACGGAGGUCUGCGGUGGCAGAUAUUCCCAUGGAAUAACGGAUUCGACUACAAGAACUCCAUAUCGCAGGCGUGCUUCUUCAACAUUGCUGCACGACUGGCGUUAUACACUGGCAACGCCACUUAUGCGCAAUGGGCCAUCAAGACGUGGGAUUGGAUGAAGGCAGUCAACCUCAUGGACGACGACUACCGCAUAUACGAUGGUGUACACAUCAACGAUGGCUGCGUCAAGCGGGUGCCUUUCGAGUUUUCUUACAACGUCGGCGCUUUCCUGCAUGGUUCCGCAGCCAUGUGGGCAUUGGCCAACAAGACGGGACAGGCAGCCGGCAAGACACUAUGGAGAACACGCAUUGAUGGGUUGAUGAACGCUACUGAGCUGGUGUUCUUUUGGGGAACCACGACACAGGACAGGGUCAUGAUCGAGGUUGCGUGCGAACCAGUCAACUACUGCAACAAGGACCAACAAAGUUUCAAAGCGUACUUGAGUCGAUGGAUGUCUGGCACCACCAAAUGGGCGCCAUGGACCUUUGACCGCGUCAAGACUCUGCUAGGGAACUCGGCAACGGCAGCAGUCCAGCAGUGUGUCGGUGGAAGCAAUGGCCAGUUGUGUGGGCUUAAAUGGGCGAACAACAGUGGUCAGUGGGACGGUACCACAGGUGUUGGUCAGCAGAUGGCGGCAAUGGAAGUGGUAUUGGGCAACAUGAUUGAAAAAGCUGAGCCUCCGCCAUUGACUAACAGCACCGGAGGAACAAGCCCUGGAAAUCCAUCUGCUGGAACCACCACGAGCGACCAAGACCAUGUCGAGGCUGCAGCUGCAGCUCAAGCCGUGCCGGUCACCACUGCGGAGCGCGUGGGCGCAAUCAUAGGCACUGUCGCUGUGAUAGUGAUCCUCCUCACUUCAUCUGGGCUAACUUCCGAGCAUCCAAAUCCCGAGACAAACGGCGUCGGACCAUACGGAUAUCGCGGCCUCUAA